UCGCGUGUUACAUGUAAUUAUGCUGGGCGUUGUGCAACUCUUUUUGUAGCCACUUUAAUCUUUUUCGUCAAAUGCGUCGUUUUUAGAAUGGUAGGUAGUCAGAAUGCUACAGACGAUGGAGAUCAAGGGGAUACCGAGCAUUCUGAGGUGAAAAAUUUGCCUGUCGAGGGACCAGGAGCGACAAAAGUUGUCAACGCUCAAAUUUUGGCUAGAGGCUACACGAAAGGCAAAAGACGUCUGGAAACCUUUAGUGUAACAUCGUAUGUCAUUUUGUCAAGCAUUGUUCUGUUCUUCCUGUGUAAGAAUUUUAAGUUCAGUGAAAUCAGAACAAUCAUAUUUGCGGUUGUUACUGGUGCACUUGCUGCUGAUUUUUUGUCUGGUCUGGUUCACUGGGGAGCUGACACAUGGGGAUCAGUAGAUAUCCCUAUCUUUGGCAAGGCCUUUAUCCGUCCAUUCCGAGAACACCAUGUGGACCCCACAGCCAUCACAAGACAUGAUUUGAUUGAAACCAAUGGUGACAACUGCAUGUUAACCUUGCCUGCGUUAUCUUAUAUGGCUUACAGAUAUUUCACACUGGACCAAGAUGCCAUAGAAGUGUCUUACAAAAUGGACUGUUUUGUGUUUUCCUUGGCAGUUUUUGUCACCCUUACCAACCAGAUCCACAAGUGGUCUCACACAUACUUUGGUCUACCAUUGUGGGUUCAAAAGCUUCAGGACUGGCAUAUAAUCCUACCACGAAAGCAUCACCGCAUUCACCAUGUCUCACCUCACGAGACCUAUUUCUGCAUUACGACAGGGUGGUUGAACUAUCCACUUGAAGUGAUCAAAUUCUGGCAGUGUUUAGAGUGGCUGAUUGAGAAAACAACAGGGGUUAAACCUAGAUCUGAUGACCUCAAGUGGGCAGGGAAAUCCAAGUAAUAAGACAAAGGAUACUUCAUCAACUUCUAGUGGUCCAGUAAGAGCAACUUCCUCCACAAAAACAGUACUUUUACAGGUCCACAUACAAGCAAAUGACAUACGGUAUGCAUAUGAGGUAGCUUGUGAAAUAUGUAACAAGACUUUAUGUCUUGCAAGUUGGGAAAUUAAAAUUACUAGCUAGCGUGUUUUGUCAGAGGUAUAUACCUAAUGGAGAUUUUAAUAAAUGAAAUUAUAAAUCAAAGGCGAUGACACACAUGUUUUACUUCAAAAUGAAACCCCACAAAUUUUGGAUGCAUUUGAUUUCACACAAAAACCUUUCCCAAAGGUUUUUGCCAUCCAAAAUUUUUAAUGUCCCAAAAAUUUAAAGGGUUGAAACUGAGCAUUUGCAAGUUGACAUUGUGCAGCAGUAAAUUAGAAUAGAAAUUGUGUAGAAUAGAAUAGUAAGUUGUGUAUUUUAUUAGUCAUGUAUUAUAGUUAAGUACAUGUAUAUUUAAGUUUUUAGUUAGUUUUAUAUGUACUUUUGAUGUCACAAGUUUCAAUGGUGUUUGUAUGGAAUAUUAAUGUGAAAAGUAAAAGAAGAGCUUCCAAAAUUUAUUUGUUUAACAGUUUAUGUCCUUGGUUUCUUCCAUGCUACAGUUAGCCUGCAUAGCAAGCGUUGCCGUGCGAAGAGCUUUUCCGCUUUCUGGCUGUGCUUGAAUUGGAGCAAGAGCAAAAAAUUGACAAAGCAGGGGGUGGUGAAGCGAGGAGGGAACGCUUCCCUACAAACCCCUCGAUUUUGAAAAACCAGUAUGCCCACAAAUACGGCUCCCAAUUGGUGCAGUGCGGCCAUCUUGAUUGAAAAUUCCCUCCCUUGCCUCACCACCAACUGCUUUGCUGAGUUUUUGCUCUCACUCUAAUUUACACAUGGCCAGAAUGCGGAAAAGCUCUUCGUACAGGAACGCUUGCUAUGCAGGCCAUACUUCAGUGUGUACUCACUGUGGUUGGUGUGGACAUCAACAGAAUUGUCAGUGAUGAAACCAAUACCUGCAUUUCAAAUGACUUGUUACACAAAGCAAAGACAGUAAAAUAUCCUUUAGUGCUCUGUGAGGCUCAUAAUUAAUGCAAGAAAUUCUCAGUUUUGCAACUUAACACGUUCUAUUUGUUAAGUUGGGCUUCUGAUCGGUUUAUGUCCCUCAUUUUGAACACCUUUAUUUAACUUAUUGAAGACAAGUUCCCAGUACUGUAUUUUCGAAAAUUUUGUUUGAAUAUUUUCAAAUGAAAAAAAAAUCAGUCGGAAAAUUGUCUGUUCAAAUUGAAGCAUCCAAAGUUAAGUCUGUCCAAAGUUUAUGGGGUUUGAUGUAAGGUUGUGUGACCGAAAAUUAUUUUACCUGAUUCAUAUAAAAUUGGUUUCUCUGGGUGAAGUGGUACACCACAGUGUUGUUAUAAAUGCCUACCAACAAUCUCUUACAGACUGUCAUUUGGUUGAGCAGUGUAACUGAUUCUGGUGCAGAGUAACCUAAAUGGUACAAGUAGGGGUGACAAAUGGUAAAAUCCAAACUUGGCCAGACUCCAAGACCAUUGUUUAAAAAUUUGAGCCUGAGACUUGCAUGAUUGUAGACUCCAAAAUCAGAAAAAUAUGAGACUUUGUGACUUGUUACAAAAUAUUCCAAGAUUCUAAGAUUGGUUCAAAAGUUUCCUAGACCCACAAUAAUAAUUAUUUUCUAGUUACGAUUGGCCACCCCUACCAGUCAGCCAGAGUUUACAAUAAUUAUUGUCACAGAUGUUAAUAUUAUAUAUUUUGAUGUUAUAUAUUACUUUGUUUGAGAUCAACAUCAAUUUUGUUUUUGCCUGCUGUAGCAAAGUCUCCAUGAUGCUGUUUUAAGUUGCAUGUGGGCUAUAAUAUUAUACUAGGGUUCACGUAAUUUCUGUUUUGAGAGGUACUAGUGCCUGAAAUUUUACUAAGGUGUACAAGAGAUUUUACUUGUGUAACAGUAAUUAUUAUUGUAUAUUUACAGACUUUUCAGAAUAGAAAUUAUCCAGAAAAAUCAUGUCUCAUGACCUUAUUAGUUAUCAAAAUGUUUUGUAUUUUCUUUAGAGGAGAUAUAAAGUAUUGUUUUAACUUAAACAAAGACAGAUUUGUUCUAACUCAACAAUUUUCUGAAAAUAAUUCACUGAGUAUUGGAAACCAGCGAGGUAUAUAUUUGAAAUAGUGUUGGUAUACUGUGUGGUUUGGAGGGAAGUAAUAAAGUAUAAUUUAUUCUAUUUGGUAUGCUGUUAGUGAAAGUAUGGAAAAUGUAGGGAAUAAACUUUAUAAAACUA